AUGGACAACUCUACGUUGGGAAGCACGUUCUUCCUCACAAGCUUCUCCAGCACCCCGGAGCUGCGGGUCCUGCACGCCGUGCUCUUCCUGGUGAUUUACCUGGCGGCCCUGCUGAGCAACCUCCUGCUCAUCAUGGUCACCACCCUCGACCCCCGGCUACACAGCCCCAUGUACUUCUUCCUCAGGAAUCUAUCCUUCCUGGACGUGUGCCUCAUUUCCAUCACCGUCCCCAAGUCCAUCGCAAACUCUCUGAUGAACCUAACCCUCAUCUCCUUCCUGGGCUGUGUGUCCCAGGUUUUCUUCUUCUUCCUCUUAGCCACAACGGAGGUGGCUCUCCUCACGGUCAUGUCCUAUGACCGCUACAUCGCCAUCUGCCACCCUCUCAGGUACGGGACUGUCAUGAGCCACCCAGCCUGCGAGCAGAUGGCAGCCUCCUCGUGGGUCAGCGGAGGUCUCAACGCAGUUCUGCACACAGCUGCCACCUUCUCCGUGCCCAUGUGCGGACCUCGUGAGGUCCACCAGUUCUUCUGCGACGUCCCGCAGCUGCUCUCCCUUGCCUGCUUCCGUAAUGUUGGGGAGUUGGUGGUCAUUGGGCUCAGCCUCCUGCUGGACCUUGGCUGCUUUGUGUUCAUUGAUGUUUCUUAUUUCCACAUCUUCUCCACUGUCCUGAAGAUGCCCUCCCGAGCAGGGCGCUCCAAAGCGUUCUCCACGUGCCUGCCUCACCUUGCCGUGGUGACUCUGUUUCUGUCUUCUGGGUUUUUUGCCUAUUUGCACCCCCUACCCAAGUCUGCAUCAGCCUUGGAUUUGCUCGUGUCCGUCUUCUACACGGUGGUGCCACCCACGCUCAAUCCCCUCAUCUACAGCCUAAGGAACAAGGACAUGCAAAAGGCCCUGAGAAGACUGCUGCUGAGCAGGCGGCACCUUCCACAUUAG